AAAAAGAUCAAAAACUUGACUUUUCAGGGGACAAUUUUCCAAAGAGAAUAAAGUUUUGCUAUCCGUUAUCUAAGUUGACUUAAAUUCAUUUAAUUGAAGGAGUAAAUCAUUUAGGUUCGAGUGGAUACUAAUGACAUGAUCUUACCGUUUUCCUCUUCAGCUUCACCAAUUUCAAGGCUAGUAUCAGACUCUAUAUUGGCAAAGAAGAUACUUACAUCAUGUUCAAAUUUGAAGAAAUAUGACAAGCAUAACCGAUUUAUCUCGACAUCGGUUACAUUCACAGCGAUCGAUAGAUCCGAAUCAAUUCCAUACAAUCAGACAAAACCCCAUAAGAUUGGUAAGUUAAGAGUGCCUUUAUUGAAAAGCCCAAGUCAUCUUGGUCAUUUUAGUUCAAGGGUCAAUAGAAUUUACAAUGAGGAUAAAUAUAGUGCCUAUGUACUUAAUCUACCCAACGAUAGAACCGUUUUCAACUUCACGGUAUUUGAUGGACAUGGGGGUGACCAAUGCUCCACCUAUCUCCUGAAACAUCUAUCAAACGAGAUUGAGUCUGCAAAUACAUUGGCUGAUCCCAAAAAUGAAGCCGAGAGAGAUGAAUUGGUUGAAAAAUACUUGAAAAACAUAGGGGGUUACUGGAAAAGAUGGUUCAAGCAAAGGAAAGAGAACUUUGCUAAGAUGGAGACGAUUGCAAAUGAGAUUAAAUUGAAAAAUUUAGAUUUCCAAGCAGAUGACUUCAAUACUAGAAUACCAUUAACUUAUUUGAAAACUGACUAUGACUUUUUCGAGCAAGACGAUAACAGCUCCGGCUCUACAUGUACCAGUGCAUUCAUUGAAACUAUAUAUUCUGAGCCAGGUAGUUUUGCGCCGGUAUUUGAACCAUAUUAUUUUAAUCGUAAGACGAUUUCAAAAUUGACAAUUUCCCAUGUUGGGGACACCAAGGCUAUAUUAGUGGAUCGAACAGGAGAGGCCCAUGCUUUAUCUCAGCCACAUCAUCCUUCGAAUCCCAUCGAAGCUGCGAGACUUCGUCGGUUCUCCACCAACUUCUUCAUGACUGAUUCGUUUGGCGAAGAAAGGUUUAUAGCGCUUGCUAAUACCAGAUCGUUUGGUGAUGUCAAUUAUAAACAAAUGGGUGUUACUUCUGAGCCAGACCUAUCUCAAUUUAUCAUUGGUGACGCUGAGCUGAUUCAACAGAAAUUGACUGCUGAUGAAAUGAAAAAGUAUACCAUUGGUGGUCUUGGGGGUGAUGAAGCCUUUUUGGUUCUUUGUUCAGACGGUAUAACUAAUGAAUUGACUGACCAAGAAGUAGCCGAUAUUGUCAUGGUUCAUUUCAACAUGAAGGGUCACCCUAAAGCAACUCCUCAAUUGUGUGCUGAAGAAGUGGUCAAAUUCGUAGAGUAUGUUGGAGGUGACGAUAAUGCUACGUGCUUGGUUAUCAGGUUAAAUGGUUGGGGGAAAUGGCCUAUACUCGAUCGUACAGGUGAAUUAAGACAGGAGAGAAUGGAGGCAUACAGUCCUAGAGGGGAGAGAUAAUUCAUCAUCGC